AUGGCAACACAAGAAACUGAGAAUCCCAUCAGCAACAACAGGAAUGCUACAAAUGAUAAAUUCAAAAAUUCAGUGUGUUAUGUGUGGCUAUCGCAAAAGACAACUUUUUGGGCCAUGUUAAUUUUCGUCAUGUUGUGUGCAUUCGGAUUGGUUUCUGUAAUUUUAGGAGGAAUUGUUGAUGGCAUGGUUGAUAAUGAAGAAUUGUCAACGACAGUGCCGUGCAUUGUGAUGGAACAUAAAGUGAAUUGUACCAAUGAGUGUGUAAAUAAUAAUUUGGAUAUUGUACCAGCGAAUUAUUCAUUGGCUGGUUGUAGAACAUUCUGUCGAUCGAAGGUGAAACUUACCCUGGAGAAUACAAGUUUUAAUAGUACAGUGACAAAUUUACGUCAAAUUAGGAGGACUGAACCGUAUGCAUCAUCAUCAUUGUUUUUUACUACAUUGACUGUUAAUUCUACUACAAAGUGUUAUAUUAAUGCAUAUUCGAUUGGAGACGAAACUGCUAAAACUUCAUUUGCCUAUGUUUAUGGACCAAGAUUGGUAAUGAAAACAGUGUCGAUAGUGUUUGGAUGUGUUGCAGUUGGAUGCUUGAUUUAUAUGGCAAUUUAUGUUACGUUUGAAACUCAAAAUUGUUGGAAAUAUUACAAGGAAAGAAAAAAACAACAAGCUGAAGGAAUUUAA